AUGAGUACUCCAUCACCUCAUAAGAAGUCAAAGAGAAAUGCCACUGCUUUGACUGCUUUACAACAGCAAACAGGUUAUUGGCCACAACACACUCAACAGCAGCAACAGCAUCAUACUCUACACUCAACACCAACACAACACACUUCAUCACCGCAGUUUGAACAGGAUGACACUGAGAAUCCACUUGGUCCACCCUGGUCAACACAAGAGGUGACAGAGUUCUUCAACUGUGUCAAGAGACACAAACCAGAAUGGAGGACGGUCAUUAAGCGUUUCCCGGCAAGGACUGAGGAGAUGCUGGAUCAUCUCUACCAGGUAACAAGCAAUGAGAUAUCCGAAUGUAACUCUGCCGACAACUUUAUAUUCGUGGUCAAGGGUGUAUAUGCUGCCAUGGUACCCAAGAAAGCACCAGGUUCAUCAAGCAAGUAUCAUUUGCCAAUGACCAGGAGGUCAGCUGACACUGGGGCAUCCCCAUCAUCACAUCUGCUGCAUCACCAUCAGCCACAACAACAACACCAACAGCAACAUCAACCGAUCAUACAACAACAGCAACAGCAACAGCAACAACAAAAGCAACCUGGCUAUUCGACACGAGGAAGGAAGUUACCUUUCUCAGAGCCCAUUAAGAAUUCAUCAUCCUCAUCCUCUGACCACCAUUCAACGACGACAACGACUACAACAACAUCAUCAUCACAAUCACCAAGCUCAGCGACCAAGAAGAGGAAGUCAUCAUCCACGUCGACAACAUCCACUCCACUAAAGUCCUCCUACGAGGACGAGGUGAUGUCCUCGCCAAGCUCACUACCCGCCAAGCUUCGAACCAAGAUCAACAAGAGCAAGCCAUCCACACCGCUACAAGAUGAGAACGGUGCAUAUGGCCUGCUGUCCAUGAGUCACUCACCAACAAACAGCGCGUACAACAAGCCACAUCAACAACAACAACAGCAGCAGCAACUCAUAACAUCAUCACCGAGGUCUUUGGCCGAGUCGCAGCUCACCAUUCAGAAGCGCCUUCAGAAUUUCCUGGGCAAGCGCACCUCAGAGCCAGCAGCGACUGCUGGCAGCCAGCAGCAACAACAGCACCAGCACCAGCAGCAGCAGGGCUACGAACUAUCACGCUCUGGCAAGUGGGCAAUGUACGAGUGGUUCUACAGUGACAUUGACGCGCCAUUCUACUUCUACAACGAGUUCCAGAUGUGGCUCAAUCAGAUUGGCAUUGGCAAGGUGAGGAAGCUGUCAAAGAUCGAGUGGAACGAGGUGCGCAGUCGUAUGAAGAAGCCACGGCGUCUGUCCGAGGUCUUCUUCCAAGAAGCACGUGAGAAGCUCUACCAGACCCGCGAGAAGAUCAGACAAUCAAUGCUCCACGACGAUAUAUUCAAGUUCCUACAGAUACAGCCAAACUCCAAAGUUCUAUACCACCUAAACAAUAGCCUACAAAGGGGAACAGUCCUAUACUAUUCAUUCGAUAACAUGUGCUACGAGAUUGAGAAUGACAAGACCAAGUUGCCAGUAACAGUGCCAGACACUGACGUAAUGUCAAUCGAUAAGAACAUACGAAGUAUCAUUGAAUCCAACUUUAUAUAUGCAAACAAGGAUAACAACAACAACAACAACAGCAUCAACAACAACAGUAACCUAAACAAUAGUACAGCCACGAAUCAAUCGAUGAUGAGUGAUCAGGAGCAACAGACGAAUGAUCAACUGGAAAAGACGCCACUGAUAUUAGUGCUGGGCCUGAUAGUCGUGUUGGAGAAGAAGGAAGGACUGAUCGCUCAGCUCACCGAACUCAAUACACAGGCGGAGAAGAUCAUACUCGAUGGCUAUCCCAAGCACUUCCAGAUCGAAUACUCCCGAGUCCUUGUAAAUUUAGAGUACCUGAACAAGGUGCUCAAGACCCUACUAGAGAUAUUCAAGCGUGAUCAAUCAACCCAUGUUAGCGAUCCAAACACAACGACUACAUUGAUGACGAAUACGCCAACAUCACAGACACAGCUCAACACUUCACAUAUUAAACAACAGUAUUUAAUCACCGACCUGGUCAAUCUGAUCAGAGAUCAAUCCAAGAGCUUCAUCACAAAGAUCGUAAAGGACAACAAUAACAAUCUGGAUUAUAGACCCAACAGGGUAUUGGAACGCGAUGAACAACUGAUGAAGUUGGCGCAUGGCUGUGUGUCAAUGAUGUAUGCAUUGAGACAGGCAUGCUCCAACACCGACCUCUCCGAACAUGACAUCGCCUAUCUCUUUGAUUCAUGUCUGGCACAAGUUAAGCCAACAUCGCCAGAGAAUGCAGCAUUGUUUGAACAGAUACAGUCAACAGUCAUUCGACUAAGGGAUAGGAUUGUCGCGACUCCUACAUCCACCUAA